AUGGUUCUCCUCAAAUUUGUUUUGGGCCUGGGCUUCGCCUCUUUGGCAGCAGCCGGAGGUUUCGCCAGCAGCUGCGAUGUCGACUACGAUGAGGAAUUGCCCAACCUCAAGGCGACCUGCCACAGCAACGACCCCCACGUCAGAAAGGUCUCCGUCCUGGAUUUGAACCGCUGCUAUGUCCAGAAAGGCAACACACUUGAUGGGGAGGACGGCGAAAACGGGGCCGGAAUCCAGACUUGCGGCGUCAAAAUCAAGGACGAUGAUGGCCCGGUUCUUACUGGCGGUUGUCUCGACGAUGAUGUGAAGCUGAAUGACCUGAUCAAUAACUACGAUGGGACACUGAACUGCCAUGAAUUCACUGGCGUCGUCCACCAAACUCUGCACGAUAACUGA